UUAUCAAGUCCUGCCCCUUUGCCCGGCCGCCGGGCUCUCCGGUAGCCAAUAUGGCGACUCCCUGUGUGUCCUGCGGCGCAGCAGCUUUCUACCGGCUCUUUCUCGGAGGUAGGGUUAGCCUCACCCGGAGACAAGGCGUUUGGAAAGCCGCGGCUGUUGAGUUGCAGACAGGUACUGGAUUCCAGAUAUUAAGGCUAAGGCACACCACAGGUGUAACAACAAAGAAAAAUGUUGCAGCCUUAAGACGUGAAACUUACACAGUGGAUUUUAUUAAAAAGCAAAUUGAAGAGUUCAACAUAGGAAAGAGACAUUUAGCCAACAUGAUGGGAGAAGAUCCAGAAACUUUCACACAAGAGGACAUUGACAGAGCUAUUGCUUACCUUUUUCCGAGUGGUUUGUUUGAGAAGCAAGCCAGGCCAGUAAUGAAGCAUCCUGAACAGAUUUUUCCAAAACAAAGAGCGAUCCAGUGGGGAGAAGAUGGCCGUCCAUUUCAUUUUCUCUUUUAUACUGGCAAACAGUCGUAUUAUUCAUUAAUGCAUGAAGCAUAUGGAAAGCUACUAGAAGCAGAAAAACGUCAGAAUCAGUUGCAAGCCAAAGGUCUAUUUUCAGAAAAAACUGAAACCAAAGACCUGAUUGGCAGCAGAUGGCUGAUUAAGGAGGAACUAGAAGAAAUGUUAGUGGAAAAACUGUCAGAUCAAGAUUAUGCACAGUUCAUUCGGCUGCUGGAAAGGUUAUUGACACUGCACUGUGGUGCCGAAGAAGAAUUUGUACAGAGAUUCCGUAAGAGUGUAACUAUUCAAUCAAAAAAACACCUGAUUGAACCUGUGCAGUAUGACGAGCAAGGAAUGGCCUUCAGCACCAGCGAAGGUAAAAGAAAGAGCGCAAAAGCAGAAGCAGUUGUUUAUGAGCAUGGAAGUGGAAGAAUAAAAGUAAAUGGAAUUGAUUACCUGCUUUACUUCCCAGUGACACAAGACAGAGAACAGUUGAUGUUCCCCUUCCACUUCCUCGACCGACUUGGAAAACACGACACGACCUGCACGGUCUCGGGCGGUGGGCGGUCGUCCCAGGCUGGAGCCAUACGCCUGGCGGUGGCCAGAGCCUUGUGCAGUUUUGUCACCGAGGAAGAGGUCGAGUGGAUGAGACAAGCUGGACUGCUGACUGCCGACCCACGCGUCAGAGAACGGAAGAAGCCAGGCCAAGAGGGAGCCCGCAGAAAGUUUACCUGGAAGAAGCGCUAAGUGUUCUUUCACGGGCGAGGAGAGGAAACACCGUGUAUAUGUGCCUGGCAUGCGGCAGACAUACAAUAAAUAUUUGCUGGCCGAUAUGAGGGCAACACUAUCAGGCAUUUGAGUUGGGAGAGGAUUUAUUUUUAAAUGCUACUUUGUAAAGGUUACCUUAUAAACAUAAUUUUUAAAAAAUAUUUAACUUCAUCCUGCUGCUUUAUUUUUUAAACUUUCUCAGAAGGUAGUUUUAGAAGCAUGAUUCAUAGAAUCUUGGCAUAUUAGAUCUGAAAGGAACAUUCAACAGCAUAUAGUCAACUGAGUAACCUCAGUUUGCGGACAAGAAUGCCCAGCCGCCAAAACGAAGGGACCUGAGAGCUACAUUGCUAAUUUAAUGAGAGAACUCAUUUCUCGUGAUUCUCUUGUUUUCCCCGUACAGCCGUUGUUACAACAUGAGAGGCGAGAAUGCUUGUUGAGCAUGAAGUCAGUUGUGGAAGUCUUUGUCAGGAGCCAGAGAGGGCUGAGCUGCCAAGUGUCCCAAGGAGCAGACUCCGACAACAGGCCAGCUCUCCCCUCAGGCCCUGGCAGCCCCACUCUGCUGUUUGUCGGAGUUCAGCUCUGAGGCUACAGAGAAGCAGUACCGUGCGGGAUUGUCUUCCCCGGCUUAUUUCCCCGAACACCGUGCCCUCCAGGUUGGGUACAGGCUUUCAGCUGGAAGAUGACUUAGUUCUGCGGAUCUAAGGUGGUGAUUAUGGUUGAUGAUUCUGUAUUCUAGAACGGAAAUUUGCUUAGUAGAUCUGAAGCAUUGUCCCC